GCUGUUGAACACGACCUUGAGCGUAGUUCCCUCACACGGCGUAUGGGAGACAAGACGUGAGAACUGAUAACGACUUUAUUGUCCUAUCUGAGUGCGUGUUGGCGCAAUUCCGAAGUGAACAAAAUUAAUCCCACGACGUGUGCAUUUGGUCCAUGACAGAUAGUUAAGCAGAAAACUAAUUUUUUUCGCUGCACCACAAGCGCUCGGUGCCUGGUGAGAAAGCAUACGUCAAACAUCUACCAUUUCCCUGAAGUACACGUAAAUUUUCGGUCGUCUUUUCACAGAACACCUAAACCAUUUUCGGAAUAUACAAACUGACAGAGAAAGUGUGCUCCUACACAAAAUGACAAAGAUUAAAGUAAUAGGUCUACUAAUUAUCAGUUUUGCUGCAAUGUGCACCACAAAUAACUCAAAGGAACAUGACUGGGAUGUACUUAUAUUUACUCAGCACUGGCCAGUAACUGUCUGUUUGCAGUGGAAAGAAAAGGAAGAGCAGCAUACUUGCAGUUUUCCACCUGUAAAGAACAUCUGGACCAUUCAUGGGAUAUGGCCAUCCAAGCUGGGCACGAGGGGUCCCCAGUACUGCAAUUCAAGUUUACACUUUGAUUUAAAUGCCUUACAACCCAUCAGGCAGAAGCUGGAUCAGUACUGGAUCAAUGUCUAUAAUGGAACGGAAUCUGCAUUGUGGAAGCAUGAGUGGCAGAGGCAUGGUACUUGUGCUGCAAGUCUUCCAGACCUUAAUUCAGAGCUUAAGUACUUCAGCAAGGGUCUGGAAUGGUUGGAAGCAUAUGGAAUGGAUCACAUAUUGCCCAAAGCUGGCAUCAAAAUGGAUUAUGCUGAAGGAUUCUCUGCUCAGGAGUUCUCUGAUGCUGUCGUGAGUGUCCUUGGAGUUGACCCUGAUAUUCAAUGUAUAGAAGACAAGGGCAAUGCUUACCUUUUUGAAAUUAGGAUCUGCUUUAACAAAACGCUGGAGCUUGUAGACUGUGAUGGCAUUAAAAUGAAGACAUCUAUGGAUAGCCUCAUAACAAAUUGCCCACACGAUAAACCAAUUUUUUAUCCUAGUAAGCUGCCAUCACUGCCAGAAGGUAGAGAGAUAAGCUAUUCUCACUAUUCAGUCAAGUCACAAUGGCCACUGAGGCUGCUCAAGGUCAUACAGUUUCUACAGUGGUUCACAUUUUAGGAUAUGAAACAUGUUUUGUCUAUGGAGCAAACUAUUUUUCAACUUUAGUUGCAAAACCUUAAAUAUUUUACUAGCUGAAAAUGUACUGUGAUAUUUUUUGAGAUUUGUUGUAGUAAAAUAUGUCACUCAGACAUCAUAUUUAGUGUCAUGUGUCAUGUUGUUUCAUUUUACUAUGGAAAUUUCUAAUUAAUCUCUGAAAUGAUUAAAUGAAAUGUAAUAUGUGUUGUUGCAAAUGACUAGGGGAGACCGGCAACAAAAGUAAAAUUUUGCAUAUUGAAUUUUUUUAUUACCUCCUUAUAAACUUUUGAAACAAAAGGAAUUAAUGUGUGUGUUCUCUGAAGCUUUCCUAACAUAGAUGAAUUUAGUUCCACACAAAAUCACUUAUGUUUGGAAUUUGUAAAACUAAUUUUAAGGCAUCUGUGUUCCUGUUACUUGUGUCCCCGUUACCAGGGACGCUAGUAACACAAGUAGGUUUCGAAAGUAACAUAAUAAGUUAAACCACAUUUUAUUACCUAAAGGACUCAUACAGCAAUUUAAAGUACAUUACCAUUACAAAACAUUAAUGAAACAUCAAUAAACUUCAAUUCUCAUUAAUUUACAAUUAUUAUGCAGGCUUUAUGAAUAAAUGUUCAGUGAGUCAGUAAAAGAGAAAAGUAAUGCAUAUCUUAGUCCUAUUCAGAUUCACAAUUGUGGCACACAUAAAUAUUUCCCCCCCCUUUGGUACAAGCAACACAAGACCAACCCUUACAUUCCCAACACUGAAUCCACUUCUCUUUGCGAUGACUGUGAUGGAAAGGCUCGACAUAUACAAUGCAGUAGCUGUCAUUGUCUUCCGAUGAUGAUUCUUCAGGUUUUUUCUGUUUUCGCACUCUUGGCUGGCUGCUUUUUAAAUUUAGCUUCUUUUCCGCUUUUUUCGCCCGGGGAUGGGCCUUUAGCUCUUCUUCCAUAGUCAGUUUCUCUGGAAUGUCAGUCAAAAUUGCAGACUUUCUCCCUUUUCUUCCUUCUUGCCUUGGAUCUGCUUUUGGUUAUGGGCAAACACCUUCGGGUGAAAAGGUUGCGUGAACUGAAUAAGAUGGUUGUAAACCACUAGGUCCUGCAUCACAGGCUGAUAUGUGAAAGUGUUUUCUUGCAUAUUGCUACUGGAUCCAGAUUAGAUGUCCUUCCAGCUUCAGAUGGGUCACUAGAAAAUGCUAAUGGUUCUGCUAAGGACAUAGUUUGCUUUCCAUAAUUGGAAGCUUUUGCUGGGCGAUCAGUGACAGAAGAUGGUGCAAAAUUGAUUUCACUGAACACAUUCCUAUUAAAUGGUACUAUACCUGUGCAGUGAAACCAUGCUGCAAUGUUUUUGGGAGUUACAGCAAGUGGAAGUGCUUCCCUUACAAUUGAAGGGAUGUCAUAAAUUGACAUGGUCUUUCGCGGAUGAUUCUUGAUCCAGUUGUCAGCAAAAGCAUUCACCAUCUUUUUGAAUGGACCAUAAACUGAAUGGUCUAGAGGCUGCAUCCCGUGUGUACAGUGCAGUGGGAAUGACAGCAUAACAAUCCCCUUGCUUUUGCAAAAAUUCAGGCUUCUGAUGGAUGUAUGAGAUUUGUGAUUGUUGAGAAGCAGAAAACAUUUGUGCUCAGGAGUUGGUUUAGCAAAUUUUAUGAAAUGACACAAGAAUAACAAAAGUUAUUCCUGUUGCAUCCAGUCACUCGCAUUUCCUGCUCCAAUGCAACCAAUAAGACCGUCUCAAAUAAAAUGGCCAUGAUACCUCAAGCGAAGGAAUACAAAGAGAGAUGGUGUGCUGUUACCCUGAGCGUUGAUGGCAAUAGCAACAGUGACAAGAGUGCCUCUUUCAGCCGAUGUGAUAGCUCCUACCUGCUUUAUUCCCUGUUUAGUAACAAUCCUGUUUGAUUUCUAAGCAGUGGUGACAUCUGUCUCGUCCAUAUUCAAGAUGUCCAUGGGCUCUAAAUUAUAUCUCUCCAUAACGCUAGCCAGGUUGUUGAAAAUGGCAGCCACAUUUGUUGGAUUAAAGCUCAUUGCUCGAGCAAGACUUGUGGGUUGAGGCAACCGAAUAGACAACUGGGGAUUCCUCUUCAUGAAUGCUGAAAAUCAGUCUGGACCAACAGUUUGAUUGUCCACCCAAGUUGAUGGAACUGGUAUAUUGUUUGUCGUUGCCAGUUCGUGAGCUAAUUUAUGGAUAUCCUUAGGGCAAAGUCCAUAAAAUAUCUCAGACACUUUAAUCACAUAUUCGGUUAUAAUUUUUUAUUGUUCAUCGGAGAACACUCAUUUUACACUUCUAUAUCCAACACGAGGCAUUGGUGUCCUACUAUCAUGCAUACGUUUCUCUUUCUUUUUAAUGUACCAAUGCAAUGUUACAUGGCAUACAUUGUGUUUCUUUGCUACUGCUCUAUUACUUAUAAUAUAAUUUGCAACAUCAUCUGCCACAGUUUGAUAUACAGUAGUAGGAGUUAGUCCUUUGUAGUCGUCCUAACUCGUGUUUGUGGCAUAAUUCCCUGUAACGAAAUAACUAAGUAAAUAAUGAGUCUGUUCAGUAAUAACGAGUUUGUCAAGCAAGACACUGCUACUCCUGACAGUAUCAUACCUAAUUUACUGUUUGCUAACGGGGGGGAGGGGGGGGGGGACGGGGAACUGCAGCUAAUAAUACUUCCUCAGUAAUGGGGACGAAAGAAACACUGUUACUUCCAUCCCCAGCAGUAAUGUUUCUUUUGUCCCCGACCACUCCUUUCUGUUUAAUUGAUAUAUUAGACACAAUCUAUACAAGUAAUGAAAAUGUUGACAAUGGUGGCAUAAAACUGAAAGUUUCACAUAGUUAAAUUAUUACGUUUACAGAGUAAUGCCACCGUUAUCACAAAACUAAGAAAAUUGAGAAAACUUAUGUGAGAGACUGAAAAAACAUUUUACUGUGGCACACUCAACAGAGACUCUCCAAUACUGACCAACAAUUGGUAGGCAGUUGGGAAACAUGAAGGGAAUACAGUGUUUGAAUCACUUGAUUUUCGGAGCUACAGGCGAAUGUAGUGGAGGGAUGUUACUUUCAUAUCGUGUUACUCUUGUCCCCGGUCUCCCCUACAUGCUUUCUUCAUUUUCAAGUAGGUAAUUUCAUUGUUGUAGGAUGUUCCUGAAACAGCUAAAACAAACAUUUUACUAUGGCAGACAGAAGGGUGGAGCACAGAGACAUGUAACAGGAAAUAGCAUUCACAUUAGCUUUGGAGCUCUUGCUGUCUUUUUUUUUUUAAAAAAAAAGAGCCAGAGGUACACUCAUUCACACACACAACCACACAACCACACAGCCAUGCAAAUGGUGUGCUUGUUUGUACAUUUGCUAGAAAAAGAACAAGAGCUCAAAAGGUAGUGUGAAUGCUGUUUCCUGUUACUUGCCUCUGUGCUCCAUGCAUCAGUCCGCUAUAGGUGAGUGGUUGUCUUUCAUUUAUUGUGUUGUGUCUAGACAAGACAGCCUAGACACAAUGAGAGGAAGCCGAAAGGCACACGCUAAGUUAAAGCAGGAUGGCGGGAGGUCUGAAACAGGAUACGUAAUGAAUGCUAUAAAGAAAAGUACGUAGCUUCUGGAAUACUUAACUUUAAUCCAUCCUUUUUGGUACAUCUGGAGAUUGUGGCGAUACAAGUGAGACUCUUUAGAUACAUGCAAUGUUACUAAUGGCGCCUUGCUAGGUUGUAGCCAUUGACUUAGCUGAAGGCUAUUCUAACUAUUGGCUCGGCUAAUGAGCAAUGCUUUGUCCAUGUAGUCGCUAGCAAAGUCGUCCGUACAACUGGGGCGAGUGCUAGUCCGUAUCUCGAGACCUGCCUUGUGGUGGCGCUCAGUCUGCGAUCACACAGUGGCGACACGCGGGUCCGACAUGUACUAAUGGACCGCGGCCGAUUUAAAACUACCACCUAGCAAGUGUUGUGUCUGGCGGUGACACCACAUAUUGUACCUAUUGCGCCAUCCAGGAAUUCCCAUUAUUGUUAAAUUGCAUUUUACAUAGUUGAGAAUCUCUAUCUGGUAAAUUAAAUUUUCUUCUGUUUUAUUAAAAAUAGUAUCAAAUAAGAUUAUUGACAACGUAUGUGGUUGAAAUUUUCACUCUUGUCAUAUAUUCUAUAAAUUGUUGCGCAAUAUGGUAUGUAGUAUUAUUCAAGUAUCAGUGAAUGCAUUCCCAAUACCAUUAUAAAAAGUUAUGUUGCAUAUAUAUAUUUUUAUCAAAUUUACAUGAUGUUGCAGUAUUUUGUAUUCUGUGAGAUAUUAUUGUGAUAGAAAUAAACUUCUUUUUACACA